CAACCGUCCAACCGUCCUAAUCCUAAUAUAGGGGUGUGACUAUGAAUAAACUAGUUCAUGUAAUUGUCAGAAAGAUGUUUUACUUCUUGUGUAGCCCUAUUUACGGCGAGAUUUUGGGCUUUUCCCUGCUGACUAGGUAUGUAUGUAUGCGCAUGUUGUCGGCUGUAGAUAGUACACCCCGCGUUGGCAUUAACAUCCAGAUUUUAAUGGAAUAUAUACCUAAAGAUUGAAAACGUCAGAUUAUGUAGGAUGUACACAAUAGGAUAGCCACUUCAAUGACGUAUCUGAUGAUACUUUGGGCUUUGUAAACGCCCUAUUUCGUUCUUC